AUGGCCUCUCUUAAUAGUGGUUCAGUGAGAUCAUUAUAUCCAAAAGGGCCAAGCUUUACACUGGAAAAUUUUUCAAAUAAGGACUUCAUCGUGAGAGAUUUUGUGGAAGAGCUGUCCGAAAGUGCAAUUCCGAUAAACAGGCGUUCAGGACCAGCUCAGCCUGCAUUUGAUGCCAAACCAUUCAUAAGGACAUUUGAAAGUGCCCUACAACAACUUGCGACACUUUCAGAUGAGCUAGAGGAAAAGGAAACAGACCUCCUCACAUCUGUUCGGCGGGCCGAGAUACAGCAUGAUCAAACAUUAGAUACUUUAGGGCGGAAGCUGGAUGAGUCUAUUGAUUCUUUUGAGUCACUCGAUAUAACACUAAAUAAUCCUAAUGGCACCAAUGGCACAACUAUGGAUCGGUAUGGGCGGCCAGAGGCUGGUGGAAAUAUUGCGGUGCAAAUUGGAGAAAGGCUAGAGGACUUAGACAAGCAGAGACGACGUGCGAUGGAUGCCAACUUCUUGAUUCAAUGCUGGGUAGAAGUCAGCGAGAACGGAUCCCUCAUAUCUUUGGAGGAUAUGACUAGGCGGCAAGGCGGAGGAGAGAACAAGGUUAGAUCUGCUGUGAUCGCUAGACAACUCAUGCGCAUGAGCCAGAGACUAGAUCCAGCAUCUUGGGCUAAUGGUUCGAAAAAAGUAAACGGGGUGACAAAUGGUGCUGGUGGGAACAAAGGCCAUAAUACUAGGGAAAUCAUAGAGAAGUUCUCAGAGACCUUGGAAAAGGAUCUGUUAAAACAGUUUGACAACAGUUAUCGACGACAGAACUUUGAUGAUAUGCUCGAGUGUGCAAAGGUUCUACAUGACUUCAACGGUGGAUCCAGUGUUAUUGGUACAUUUGUCAAUCAGCAUCAAUUUUUCAUCGAUCGAAGUCAACUCAUUGCAGAGGAGGUCACAACCGAUAAUGAGACGUGGGAAAUCUUGGCUGAUCCUGACUCUGAACCUCCAGGGGUUGAACCUAGCUUACAGUCUCUGAUUGAUGAAAUCAGAGCUGUCAUGCAAGAGGAAUCUUUCAUUAUCAAACGGGCGUUUCCAUUUUAUGAAGUUGUCCUCAUCAAAUUUAUCCAGCGCAUAUUUCAGCAAUCUAUUCAGCAGCGUCUAGAGAUGGUGCUUGAAAAGGCAGACACUAUUUCUUCUCUAGCCUUUCUUCGAUCGUUACAUGCCUCCAGGACUUAUAUUAAUAGCUUAAUCGAAGACCUCAAAGCACAUGGUCUUACAGAGCAUCCCGAACCUUGCACAGCGCAAACUGCACAAAGUCUAGAUCAGCAGUUAGACGAACUAUUCGUCCCAUAUCUAGUUGGAAACUCGUACAUCGAUCGGGAGAGGAGAAGUCUAGAAGAACUUUUCUCCUCAUUACUCUUUAAGUUCACCAUUUACCACUCGCGCCGAAAGAAGGUUCCAACAGGUUUCAUGGCUUCUUUGGCCCAACAGGGUAGUCAACUUCUGUCAUCGGCAAAGGAUGCGUACAUCGAUCGUCUGGACUCAUCUGAGCUCACUCCGACCCAGAAGGCUAUGAUGUUACGUGUUGCUGGUCUCAGGGAUCUUGAUAAUAACAAGAAUGAAAUUGAAGUCACAGACGAGGAUGGUGUGAUCAGUGUCGCAAAUGCCAAACGUAUGCUUAAAUGGCUCGCAGAAAGUGUGCGGCGAGCGCUGGAGAUGGGGAGUGGAAGCGACACACCUAAAGAUGUCUCGGCGCUUCUGAAUCUUCUACUUAGCAGCAUGGGCGAGGUAUACAUCGAAACAGCUCUUGAGGCUGCUGCCGAUCAAGCCGCCGCUCAAGAGAACAUCAAAACCGAGCCUGAUUUGGCCUACCUUCCUUGGGUGCAACCCGCGGUCAUUAUUACAAACAUUAUGUCGCGCUUUAUCAAUACGGUACUCAUACGACUUGCAGAAACAAAUACCACUGUUCGACGUGGAAUGGAGUCACAAACUAAAGCAAGUGUGGAGAAAAUUGAAAAGAAGGCUAACGACGUCAUGCGCACUACCAUCACAGUGGUAUUGAAUUGGAUUACGAGGUUGUUGGCAAGCCAGAAGAAAACAGAUUUUCGACCGAAGGAUAGUGAUCUCGGCUCAAUCGAAACGUUACAAACUACGACAUGUCUUGCUAUUUGCAACUUUCUUCAGCGCGUGGCUAAAAACGCUGCGCAAGCUGUUGAUGGACAAAACCUCGAGGUGUUUAGCUGUGAGUUGGCGAUCAGUAUUCGAGACAUGCUGUUCGAACACUUCAAAAAGUUCCAAGUGAACGCUACUGGUGGUUUGAUGGUUACAAAAGAUAUUUCAAGCUAUGUGUCCGCGCUGAAAGAUUGGCCUUUGACUAAAGAUAUCGUUAUUGAAGUUGAGAUCCUCGGCGACAUUGGCAAUUUGUUCAUUAUCGGGGCAGAAGCUCUAAAAGAAAAAUCGAGAGCUGUACUUGCUAGUGGUGCCAGCAAAAAGUUGCAAAAGGCAGACUUCAAAGCUUUUGUAUUGAAGAGAGACGAUUCAGGUAGCGUGGGAGUUCAAAGUGUGCUUGCGGGAUUAUGA